UCCGGACAAAGGACGCUUUUUGGAUUCUCAGGCUCAAUUUUUCUGUCAAUCUCUUUAUUUUUUCCCGUGUCUUCUGUCCUUAGACGUUCUCAAGAAUGGCCGAAAAGCCUUUUGAGAGGGGCUUUCGCCGCGGAAGAGUUGAAGGAAAAAGAGAGGCAUUGGAGAUUUUGCGCCGGUUGGGGAAACUAUCCGAGGACGAGGUGAAAGAAUACUUGCAAGUGCUCGAGGAAGAUGAGGAUAUAUCUCCUACUGCAAACUCCAUCAUUCCUACCCCAAGAACAACCGAGAGUCCAGUGGCAAGUCCAACCAAGCGACUCUUUAAACGAACGUUUUCACAUGUCGAGAUUCCUGUUGCGACCUCAUCUUUGAAACGCAAAGACCCUGAUAUCUCUUUCGAACAUAUAGGUUCGCCAUCGAAACGGAUACGGCAAGAUUAUGAUGAUGAUGAUGAUGAUGAUGAGGAGGAGGAGGAGGAAGAGGAGGAGGAGGAGGAGGAGGAAGCCUAUGCGUCAAACGAGGAAGCUCAAGCUGAAAAGAGGUGGAAAGGAAAGGAAAAGGAAUUGGACAUUGAUGCUGGUCCUUCAAGGCUCACACCUGAACAUUCCACACUUCGAAGGAAGCCCUCGAAACCAUCCAAUUCCAGAGUAUUCGUUGAGAUUCCAAUUCUCACUUCCAGUCAAAAAGGUCGAACGUCGAGGGACAAAGUCAGGAGCAAUUGGAUAGCAGGUAGCUCCAAGCACAAGGGCAGUAAUUUGACCGCGUUUCCUUCGACCUCAAAGCGACAACCUGGGUAUCUCACCCCGACAAUACCUCCCUCCACUGCUCGCAGCUCCCUGGCGAUUGAUGAGAAUGACUACGAUGACGAAUACUCUUCAGAUACUUCCAUAUACUUCGAAUCCGAUAACCAUAGUCGGCCAAAUACUUCUCGCAGUAAUACUCGCGUUAGCUCCUCGGAAAUGAUCUCCGCACUCACCCCUAAUGUUCAUCGUAUCGCAAAGAAGUUCUUCCGGCAUAAGUUCGAAGUAAUAGGUCCGGAUCUUUCUAGUAAAAAAGCGGUGGAACGCGAAGUCACCACCAACUUUGCGUCUCAUCCAGGACAUCCGGAAUCUAUGAAGUGGGGUCAGAAAUUGGCAGUGGAGGAAAAUAAGAUUUUCUUCAACACAAUCAACUUGGACGGUGAGGAGUAUGAGGUUGGCGAUGUGGUAAUGGUAGAGCCUGGCGAUGAUGAUAGAAAAGGCCGACAGGGCAACUACAAAAGCAAGGCGUCUCAGUCCUCGAAUGGAAAUGCAAAUCGAUUCUGGUUCAUCCAAAUUUGUUAUUUCUUCGAGGACACCGACACGCACUCGAAAAAAUUUCAUGGACGCUGGUUAGAACAUGGGUCCAAAACGUUCUUGCAAGAGACUGCCCACUCUCACAGCCUCUUUCUCACAAAAGACUGUGAUGACGCCCCCGCGAGCUCUAUCUUUCGCAAAUGUGACGUCAAAUUUCUUCAAAUCCACGAACUCGAGGGAGAGGAUGACAGAAACUUUCAGGGAGACACUUAUUUCUGCCAGUAUACGUGGCUUGAUUCCGAAGAUCCCACCUUUGUGUCGCUUCCACUGCAAGAGGAAGUUGAUAAGGACUUGGAGUUUUCUCUUGAUUACCGUAGAUGUCAUUCUUGUGUCCUGAAUGAACGUCAAAAGGAACAGGAGAGUUUGCGUAUCAAAGGGAACUGCAUAUCGCAGUUUGGUGUUGAUUACCAUACCCAUGAAUUCGUUUAUAUACGUCCUGCAGAAUCAAAUGAUGAAUUGCUAGGUAUCGCACAGAUCAUUUCUAUACCUCGUACUUCGAAUUCAGCCAUGCUAAAGGUCCGCAUGUUGAAACAUAUGGAUACUUGCCAUACUACCGAAGAAUCUUUCGCAGAUGAACUACUGCUCGAGUUCGACGGUCCGGAAGUGAUGAUCCCAUUCGACCGAGUCGAUGGGAAAUGCUUCGUCGCAUGCUUCCCUCGACAAUCCGUCGAUGGGUUCGCAGAAUGGAUAAAGGGCAAAGAUCAUUUCUAUGUCGUGAAUUCUAAAAACUUCAAACAUUGUGCACCAUGCAUGCAAGAGCAUGAAAGGCACUUAGCAACAUAUAAGGAUUACCUUGCCCAGGAAGGCUUGUUAUCGAUGCUCGAACUCUUCAGUGGUGCUGGAGGUCUCGGAACGGGCAUUGAGCAAUCUAACUUCGCGAAAACAGUAGCAGCCGUGGAAUACGACCGAAAUGCUGCCGAAACUUACCUCAUGAACCAUUCCGAUACCGCUGUCUUUUGUAAAGAUGUGGUUGAGCUUUUGCGCGAGCUCGAAAAUGGCGACGAUAUCGAAUCCCUGAAUCGAAAACCGUUCCCAAAGCCUGGUGAUAUCGAUAUUAUAGUUGGAGGUCCUCCGUGUCAAGCCUUCAGUGGCGCUAACCAUAAUCGAAAACAAGAUGAUAUCAGAGCCACACUUCCAUUUACCAUGUUAUCUUAUGUGGAGAGAUACCUUCCCAAAUACUUCCUGCUCGAAAAUGUCGUUGGGCUGUUACGCCACCGGCUAUUGGGUAUAUUAGAAGGACGUUCGAUAUUAGGUGGAAUCCAGCAUGGGGUAUUUAAACUUAUUACCCGUAUCUUACUGACAUUGGGAUACCAAGUCCGUGUCAAGGUUCUCCAGGCAGCAAAUUACGGUGCUCCUCAAAGCCGUGAACGAGUUAUUUUCUGGGGAGCUAGACAAGGCUUAAAACUCCCUGAGUUCCCGAUUCCUACGCAUGCAUACGCAGCCAAAGAACACCACCUACUCCAGCAUGCAGAUCUCAAACUCUCGAGAUCCACCCGUUCGCGAGAUCCAGCGAGGCCUCACUUUUUUGCUCCAUUUAGAGCAGUAACAGUCAAUGACGCCAUUGGCGAUCUCCCUGCGUUCGACUGGAUCAAUCCUCACGAAUUGAUUCCUGCUACGGAGCAAGAUGAAGUUCGUAAUAUACCUCGUUUUCAAGCCACGCAUGGUCGCGAUCUUCCAGGCUUUCUCUCUGGGGAAUACGCUCAUCCUCCUAUCAAUUACUUCCAGAAGUUCAUUCGAGAAGGAAUGAACGAAGUAGUCGAAGAGCAUGUCACGCCAAUGUUCAGCCCUUUGAUUGUUGAACGGACAAUAAAUGUCCCUAUGAAGCCGGGGGCUUCGCUCCAAGACGCACCUGUUCAGCUUCACCUGGAAAAGAAGAAACUACUUCCCGUCAUCUAUCUGCGACUCAACCCAAAUCAAUGCUUCAGGACUGCGUUGACCCAUUGUAGUCCAGCCGUUAAGAAUUCUUAUUUGCUUCAUUAUUCACAAAAACGAAUCAUUACUGUCCGAGAAUUUAGUCGUUGCCAAGGUUUCCCAGACUGGUACACAUUCCUCAAGGCAGAAUAUUUCAAGGAAGACGUUCGCAGGGUACAUUUCAUUGGUGUUUCAAAAGAACUCUAUUUUUGAUCAUUUGUCCAGGCCUACAAGCAGAUUGGUAAUGCUGUUCCGGUACCGUUAGCUUUCGCCUUGGGACAAUCCCUCUCCGACGCACUUGUUGCAAACUGGAAUCUUUCCCAGCGUGAAAUGUCUCCGGAUAUUUAA